AUGAAGCGCCUAUUAGCACCUUCAAAGUACAUUUUGUUUGACAAGACACCCCCUUUACUUGUUUACCCGGACACCCCUUUCGUGUGUUUUCCCCGACACCCCCUUCGCACGUUUGCCCGGACACCCCCUUCGCACGUUUGCCCGGACACCCCCUUCGCACGUUUGCCCGGACACCCCUUUCGCACGUUUGCCCGGACACCCCCUUCGCACGUUUGCCCGGACACCCCCUUCGCACGUUUGCCCGGACACCCCCUUCGCACAUUUGCCCGGACACCCCCUUCGCACGUUUGCCCGGACACCCCCUUCGCACGUUUGCCCGGACACCCCCUUCGCACGUUUGCCCGGACACCCCCUUCGCACGUUUGCCCGGACACCCCCUUCGCACGUUUGCCCGGACACCCCUUUCGCACGUUUGCCCGGACACCCCCUUCGCACGUUUGCCCGGACACCCCCUUCGCACGUUUGCCCGGACACCCCCUUCGCACGUUUGCCCGGACACCCCCUUCGCACGUUUGCCCGGACACCCCCUUCGCACGUUUGCCCGGACACCCCCUUCGCACGUUUGCCCGGACACCCCCUUCGCACGUUUGCCCGGACACCCCCUUCGCACGUUUGCCCGGACACCCCUUUCGCACGUUUGCCCGGACACCCCCUUCGCACGUUUGCCCGGACACCCCCUUCGCACGUUUGCCCGGACACCCCCUUCGCACAUUUGCCCGGACACCCCCUUCGCACAUUUGCCCGGACACCCCCUUCGCACAUUUGCCCGGACACCCCCUUCACAUGUUUGCCCGGACACCCCCUUCGCACGUUUGCCCGGACACCCCCUUCGCACGUUUGCCCCGACACCCCCUUCGCAUGUUUGCCCGGACACCCCCCCCGGACACCCCCUUCACAUGUUUGCCCGGACACCCCCUUCGCACAUUUGCCCGGACACCCCCUUCACAUGUUUGCCCGGACACCCCCUUCGCGCGUUUGCCUGGAUUCCUGAGAUGA